CCACACACCCACACACACACACACACACACACACACACACACACACACAGAGCAUUAACCCUUCCUGUUCAAGGGACAAAACCUCUAGACCUUAAAGAUAUAAGAGAGUGAAGAUGAACAAAUGGACAGAAGCAGGAAGGGAGGGGCUGAGUGACUGAGUGAAAGAGAGAGAGAGAGAGAGAGAGAGAGAGAGAGAUGAAGAAUCAUUAAGCUUGCUACAAGGUGGGAUUUAUGUUCCAGUUUAAUGGCUGUUGCUCACAAAGCUACGUGAAGCAUCUCAACCUGCACCAACAACGGACAGCCGCAGAGAUGUGGAGUGUCUGGUUAAUACCUUUCCUUCUGUUACCUGGAGACGCUCAUUCCAGUCCCACACACUCAGAUUUGCUGUGUGUAAACGACUACAUGAACAACAUCUCGUGUGUGUGGAACAGCACUAAGUGGUUGACAGGCAACAACUGCUUCAUUAACGUGACCAGAGACACAGUUUCGGGCAAAAAAGUUACGAACUGUUCCCUGAACACCACAAGAUCCUGCACAAUUGAGAUAUUCCCUAGUUUGACCUUCCGUGAUGAACUGAAGGUGGACCUGUUCUGUAAAGGUAUUCAGGAGGACGUUUUGAAUAAGUACAUCCCCGGCCAUCACGUUAAGCUCCACCCACCUGAUCAGCUGAAGAUUAUGGGGAACAACAUAACGUGGAGUCGAGGAGCUCGGUUCCCUGAGAAAAUCUCCAAAUACGUGUUCGAGUUGCAGGUCAAAGGCAGGCAGCAGACAUGGGAGGAAGUUAAACCGCUUCAUGUGGAUGGCACGUUUAUGGGGCUGGACAGUGUGAGUGAAGGCAGUUGUGAGGCACGGGUCCGUGUGAAGCCCCUCGAGCCCAGUACAGAAGACCAGAUCCAAGGCUACUGGAGUGACUGGAGCCCUGCACUGUCCUGGAGGACAGAGGUCACCAGGAGCACACUGGGGCCACACAAACCAGAGACGACUCGCUAUCAGACAUUUACACUCUCGCACCCUGCAGUCAUCGGAGCUCUGGUGGGGUUCGCAGCGCUCAUCCUCAUUCUCUUCAUUCCGCUUUCUGUCUGCCGACACAAAUGUGGACUGAAGUUGGGCUGUGAGCAUGUUCCUGACCCCUCCAAAUACUUUCAGCCUCUUAUCAUCGAACACAAGGGUAAUUUUCAGAAAUGGCUGGGUCCGCAGCACUCGGCGUCUCUCUUCCUUCCUCCUCAGUCGUGUGACUGUGAAAUCUCUCCCGUCGAUGAAGUCUCUGAAGCGUGGGACGACCCUCUGGUCUACGCUCAUUACACAGCGGCUUUGCACCAGCAAACGAGCGAUAGCAGUCAGCUCUCUUCUGGUGUCUCUAACAUGGGUUACUUCUACAGCGAACACCAGCCAGGCUCCGUGUGCCUGGACUCCUGCCCCGUCUACUUCACUUACCAUCCUGAAGGUGGCGUCCUCCAGACCAGCCUGUCAUAUGAGCGGCUGCGUGGAACCAUGCCGACUAGCCCAGACUCUGGCUUCGGUAUGGAAGCAGAAAAAGAGGAGGCAGAUGAAGAGGAACAGGAAGAAGAGAAAGGAAAAGGACAGAAGAAGGAAUGCAGCGGGGUCAACAUGCAGCACCUGGUCUCGUUCGUUAUGUCCUUGCCGGAGAGCACGAGGACCACCAUCUCACCACCAUCCUUCGCAGAGCUCACACCCUGGCACGAGGAGCCCGAAUCUUCAGGGAUCAGUGUGAACUCUGAGCCUCCGGAAGCCGCUGUGGUCCGUCCCUCAUCCAUGGUGGUGCAGCCGUGCAGCAGCGGCUAUUUAACCCUGAAGGAGAUGCAGAAAUACAGCAACAAAUCCAUCUGAUCACAUAUUCCACAACUAAAUUCACAUACAAAAAAAUUUAAGUUUUCAAAUUUAUCCAGCGUGAUCUGGAUUCGUUUAAUCAGGGUUACAUUUUUCAUUCGUUUACUUCUAUGAAUUUCACUGUCAGGUUUUCAGGUAGUGACCAGUAGCAGAGUGAAGUGGGCAGGGCAAAGCACAACUUCCUGUACAUAAGGAUAAGGAGGAAGGAGGAAGUCAGGAUGUAAAAUAAUUCCUCAGUCUCGGAAAGUUAAAGCAUUAACAGUUUGUACCGGAGUGUAAAGUGAAGCUAGCUACCGUAAAUCAGAGUUUAAACGCUGCCAAGUCGCUAUAUUACAUUAUAUGACAUGUUUAUAGAUAUAAAAAACAUUUGUUUGGCUGUUUGUGAAGAAGGAAGUGUCACAUGUUACACUAGCUAGUUCAAAAAAAAAAAAGUGCAGCAACAAGCAAGAAGUCCAAGUCAACAAAAACAAAUCUGUAGCAGUCUGUGAGUCAGAGUGGAGGCUAAAAGACAGUGAUCAAUUUCACAGAUUGUUCAAUUUUCACAUGCUUAUAAUGUGUUCGUUGUGUUUCCACCGAUAUCCUGAUAACCAUGCUGCACAAAGACACGUGGACUGACCGUGCUAAGGUUCACUGCUUUAAAGUGCAUGUGUUCCUGUAUUUCCUGUUUUUUGGCUGCUAGUGGACAUCAUGCAAUUGUCCUGAAUUACACUGAUUCAGUGUGCUGCAUUUACAGGGGUUGGACAAUGAAACUGAAACGCCUGGU